AUUAUGAGAAAAUUUGCUACACAGUUCAGAAUCACCAUGCCGAUCUUGAAGGAUAUCUUUUGGUAUUUUUCCAGUCUAUUAGGGGUGUACAAACAGUCCAGUUCCCCCUUCCAAGUGUGUUCAAGAUCGGAUCCGGAACUCAACACCUGCCUGAGGUCGUCAAUUCAGAAUGCUAUGCCGAUUCUAAAGGAGGGUAUACGAGAGUUCGGUAUUCCAGUACUCGAGCCCAUGAGAUACCCGAGCUAUACCUUUGUACCCCUGCCCCCUGUCCUCUACAGACACGUGUACACCGACAUCGAAAUGCUUGGCUGUCUGGACGCCGAAAUUAAGGAUGUUGAUGCCCAUUUUGAGGAGGCAAGCUUUUUCAUUGUCAUCGUGGCGCUUUUAAAUAAAGUGCGUUACGAUGCCCACUAUGAAUACUUUGGGAGAAUCCUGGAUAGUGUUGAUUCCUACACUGAAGGAACCUGCGGUUACGAAUCAAGGAAUACCGUCGAAAUCACUUUAAGGGGAGUAACGGAAGAGUUCAUUGAAGUUACGGAUGUCAAAGUGAACGUAGUGGACGUAGAAUCAAUCGUCUUCAAUUACCAAUCAGCUCAGGAUCCAGAAGUGGCGAAGAUGUUGUCCAAAUAUCUCAAUGACAAUUGGAAAGCAGAACUAGGAAAUGAAGAUCAUAAGUAUGCGAUGCUAUACGCAGAAGUGUUCAGGAACGCGUCGAAUGCAAUAUUUUCAAAAAUUCCUUUUGAACUUCUUUUUCCAAAAGAAGAGCCAGAUCAAUAACCCCUUUUUUUUAAUCAGGAGAACACGAUGAACGUGCAAAUAUUUUUUCACGUUUCAACAAUUUAUUUUUGGUUUUGUAUUAGGAGAAUAUACAAUAGAAGUUU